UCGUUGGUGGAAGGCGGUAGCUCUUACAGCCUGCUGCUAUUGGUCGUCGCUUGGUAUAAGCUUUGUCCGUUCUCGCGGCAGUAUUUAGUUCUCUUCUUACUCAUCUACUGACAACUUGGAAAUAGUAUGUACAAAGAAUUUCGUGGCAAGGAAAUAAAACACGAGCCGCGGUCGCGUGGGCUGCACUCAUUUCCUGAUCACUUUAGAGAAUCCAAAAUCUUUCUCUGAAAUCAGUUCUCUACCACUGAGUGGUAAAAGAACUUUGUAAAUAGUGUAAAUAAAUAGCGACAAGUUCAUACACCAAGACAUAUUCUUUAACAAUUUGAGUUUACUUCUUCAAAGUUUUUUUUCACAAAAGAGAAAUAGUUAAAGCGCGCAAAAAUGAAGGUUGACGCGCAGAAUGACGUGUCUCUUGCAACAAAACUUCUUACUGCCGGAACAGCAGCUUGCAUUGCUGAUCUGGCGACCUUUCCACUGGAUACAGCUAAAGUCCGCAUGCAGAUUGCUGGUGAAGGCCGAACAAUGUUGAUGGCUUCAGCUGAGGGCUCAUUAUUGGCCGUGAAUACAGCUCAGCCUGGAUUAUUACAGACUGUAGGAAACAUCGUCAAAACUGAAGGAAUGAGGAGCUUAUACGGAGGUCUCUCCGCGGGACUUCAAAGACAGAUGUGUUUCGCCAGCGUGCGCUUGGGCCUCUACGACAGUGUCAAGACACUCUACGCGGGAAUGAUCGAUGGUAACAAUAGACCAUCGAGCGAUGGUUCAAUCAACAUAGGUGUGCGCAUCGCUGCGGGUAUGACAACGGGUGCCCUUGCCGUCCUAUUCGCUCAGCCUACAGAUGUGGUGAAGGUUCGGUUGCAGGCUGGAAAUCAUGGUCAUGGAAAUGUACGGUACGUCUCCACUCUUCAAGCUUACAAGAGCAUCGCCAUGAACGAGGGAACUGCUGGCCUCUGGAGAGGCACAAUACCAAAUGUCUCACGUAACGCGAUAGUGAACGUAGCGGAAAUAGUAUGCUACGAUAUAAUCAAAGAGAAGCUGCUCCAGUCAGGACUAUUGCAGGACGGUAUACCAUGUCACUUGAGCGCAGCCGUGGCAGCUGGGCUUUGCACGACCAUCGCCGCAAGUCCCGUGGACGUUGUCAAGACGCGCUACAUGAACAGCUCGCCCGGCGAGUACAAGGGUGCUAUCGACGUUGCUGUGCGUAUGUUCAUCAACGAGGGUCCCAUGGCAUUCUACAAAGGCUUUGUACCAAGCUUUGCUCGGCUUGUCUCCUGGAACAUUGUGCUCUGGGUCACUUAUGAGCAAAUCAAGAUUCAAGUGAACAAUUUUCAGAAUAAACGUGAUUCUUUUUAAAUAUCGCACAUUAAUAGGCACUGUUCAUGUAGAUCCGUAGAUGUUUAAGAUAGUUAAAGAAAGGGCACGUUUACCUUAAAUGCAUUUUUUAAAUUGGUGGCCAGAAUUAGUUUCGUCGUCGAACCACAUCUAUAUUUUCAUUGAUUUUCAAGACUUAAACUUUAUUAAAUGUUUCAAUUUCUUUAUAACUUGUAAUCGUUCGAUGGAAUUUGUACUUUUAGAUGUUGGAAAAUCUUUAAUUUAAACUUACAAUUCAAUGGGAUUUUUUCUUACUACGAAUUUAUACAAUCAUGUUUGAUAUUGAUUUUUAUAUGUUAAUACAAUAGGCUUUUCCAAUAUUUACGAGAAAUAAAAUGAAUUACCAUCUCUACAAACUGCUCAUUGAUAAACGGUGUACUGUAUUGAUUGCUGGAUAUAGGAAUAGCUUAUAAUUUUAUAGUAACAUUUUGUCAGUUAAGUAACAGUUGCCAUAUAUCUUUAGCCUAUAUCAAAAUUAGUUCGAUAGAUUACUAAGAAGUUUAUGUUGCCUUAAGAGGUGCUCGAGUUCGACAAAUUUAAACUUAAAUGGCUAAUAAUAACUGUAUUGCAUAUUAAAAUCUAGUUUGAUGUAUGAGUUACUUUAGUGAAUGAUCUGUUUCCGCAAUUUUUAAGAAUUCCAAGUAUGUGAUGUUUUCAUAUUCCUUUAUUACUGUGAUAAAUUCCGAUCUAAAAUAGCUAGUACAAUUAUCAAUGCCAAAAUUACGUUCUUUUACUAAUUAUUUAUUGUAACAUGAUCGUUAUUAUGUUUUAUCUGUUUGUAAGGUUCAUUAAUAAACGUAUAACAUUUGAA